AUGACCGUGGUUGAGGACCCUAGUUCGAUCUUCAAAGUGGACUGGCUCAGCGGCCCUUAUGGAAAUGUCAAUAUUGACCGGACCUAUGCAGCGCACAUCCGGUCCAAAUAUCCCCAUCUCGCACACGACCUUCCACAAGCCUGGCCAAAGGGCCUGACCCCGGAAGUUCAAUCAACUACGGUAUCGAAUCCUACUCCCACCACUAGUGAUAUCGAAAGCUUGGUUGAGGCGAUCCCUGCUGAAGAGGCCGAUGGCAUCCCAAACACGAUGAUUGAAGCCCACCUCACUGAGUCUUCACCUGACGGGCCACCCGACUCCUGGUUUGGUUCUACAAUUGAAGCCUCAGUUAUGUGUUCAGUCAAUGUAGAAGAACAAGCUGUUACUUCUUGUCUAUGUCCCAGCUUUAAACUCACCAACAGACCUUGUUCUCAUAUGCUCAAGGUCUCUAACCGAUUGGGGAUACCAAUUGUCUUAGAUACAGAUAACACUUGCUCGCCUCCACACUCUCAAAUGCCAGUCAUCACAUGCAAGCUUCUCAAUGGCCGCAAAUUGGUGACUGAGUGUACUUGUGAUGUUUUUCAGCAUCUCGGGCAGCCCUGUCUUCACAUGAAAAAGAUGUGUCAAAUUCUUGACCUGGAGAUGUACGUUUUAGAACCCGAUCAUAAGGAUGUCUCGGAUGGUGGCUCGGUAGUUCACUCAGACCAACAGAUUAACCAGCCACAUGCAGAAAGCAGUUCCUCUCUACCUGAAACUAGCAAUUCGGGUCGCUCUCAGUGCCUCUCAGAAACACUGACUGAAACACUGACUCAUACCGAUUUCACCUUACCUUUGGUCAAAUCCACACGUGCAACAGUCAAUCGCAUCCAGAGAUGCCUAUCAGGCAAGGCAAUUACUCGACUUGCCAACCAAGUUAGCCCAGUUACCAUGAAAGAUAUUGAGGAGGCUUCAAAAAGGCUGGAACGAUCAAUUACGGAUGCUCUUGACUCUGGCCGUCCUAAAAAACAAUGUAGAUUUUGA